UAUAUAUAUGGGGGAAAUAGAAGUGGCCAGGCUCCCCAUAAACCGGCUCUGGUAAGGUCAGAGAACUUAGGUGAGGUCGCCUGUUUUCUCUCGCGAGAUCUGGCAGCACUGCAGUUCAGCGCCCUCGAGUGGCGGUUCUCCUCACUGUGAACUAUCUGUGGCUGAAAGCGUUACAAUGUCGAGUGCGCCAGUAAAAGUCUACCUGGAUCUUCUGUCGCAGCCCUGCAGGGCUGUGCUGAUCUUCCUCAAACACAACAAAAUCCCUCACACGGUGGAGACUGUGGCGCUGAGGAGAGGAGAGCAGAAGAGCGCAGAGUUCACCCGCCUGAACCCCAUGCAGAAAGUCCCUGUGAUUGAACACAAGGGCUUUGUCCUGACUGAGAGUGACGCUAUACUGAAAUACCUGGCGACGGCGUAUAACGUCCCGGAGCACUGGUACCCCCGCGAGCCGCUGCGGAGGGCCCGGGUGGACGAAUACACAGCCUGGCACCACACCAACACACGCCUGCACGCCGCCAAGGUCUUCAUCAUGGAGGUGUUAAUGCCCAGUAUGUUGGGCCGUCACGCUGACCCGGCCAAGCUGCAGAAAGCUCUGGAGGAGCUGGAGCAGACUCUGCAGAAGCUGGAUGAGAUGUUCCUCAAGAGGCAGGCGUUCCUGUGUGGAGACGACAUCAGCAUCGCUGACCUGCUGGCCGUCUGCGAGAUCAUGCAGCCUCUCGGCGGCGGUCGGGACAUCCUGAAGAAUCAUCCGAAUCUCCAGAGCUGGAGAUCCAGGGUGCAGGCGGCUCUCGGGGAGCCGUUCAACGAAGCUCACAGCAUCCUGUACCGGCUCAGGGACAAAACCGCAGCAAAGCUGUAACCCAGACAUGCUGGAAUAUUCCAGAAGUUUAAUAAGGCAGGAUUUCUCAAUAAGGCUGGAUGAUUGAAGCCCAAAUUGAGUGUCGUCCAAUAGAAAUAGACCUCUGAGGUCAUGUUGUUGUCCAACACUAGCAUCUAGAUGAGUUAAGCUGGGUCUCUCUCUGGGAAAAGUUAAUGGUGUCUUUGAAGAUCGCCACCAUCGGUUAAUCCAGUUCUAAAUCCAGAGUAAAACUCUGCUGUUCUUGAUUUUAUGUGCGCUGUAAAACAAAUUAAUAUCUAACAAAUCAGAAUAAAAAGCAUCUCAGCCCUGACUGAUCCUGGAACUGCUUAAGAUCCAUAAUCACAAACUGCUUCCAGAGACAGGCCUCAACUAAAAAACAGAAAAACAGCUAAUAUUAAUAAUAAAAAUGACUUUAAUCUGGGAAAUAUACUAUAAUAUGACUGUAAUAUGAUUAUUACUUUGAGCAUUUUCAACAACAGGGCUGUUUUUGUGAAUAUUUCUAUUUGGACUGAUUGAGUGCUCCAUUGAUUGUGCCUAAUGUGCCUUUAAAAUGUUUUUCAAAUUGUGAUAAUACAUAUUAUUGUGAUAAAUUAUGUCAAUACAAUAUGCUUUUUUUUGAAUGUAUCGUGUAUGUCAUCAGUCCUUGUAGACACUGACCAACUGUACGUUUCAUUAUAAAGAGAGCAAAAUUUAGCCCUGUUUAACUGGAUUUAGUGUCAAAUACUAAAUAAAAAGCAUUAUAUUUACAGUUGUUGAUAGAAUUAUUUUUUAAAUGUCGCUUUAAUAGUUCUUUUUUCUUGGUUCCAACUGAUCAGAUGAAAAAAAAUAAAAAAUAUCAUGACA